ACCCCCUUUCCUCACUAUCUCACUAAAACACUCUCUAGAGAGAGAAAGUGCAGGGACAGAGAGGCCAAAAACAUGUCUUCUCCCCAGCCUUGAGUGGCCAUGUGUGUCUCCGCAACACAUGCGAAUCACGGUCCUCACAAUGCCGCCGUUAACUCGCCGUUAAGACUGUCUCUUUCCCCUCUCCGCUGCCCCAAUGUCUCUCUCUCCGGACCACUCCGCCGCCGCUAUCUUGUGCUGCGCCGAGAACGCCGCCGACCUCUUCUCCUCCGACGCCGGCACGUCGAUCUCCGAUCUUGGCUCAUCAGACCCUAUUCACUCUCCACCGUCCGAUGAAUCCGCCGUCGAUCGGCUCAUCGGCCCCGAGACCCAUCACAUGCCCCACCCAGAUCAGCUCCGCUCCAUCGACCUUACCGCCCGCCAAGACUCCAUCAACUGGAUCCUAAAGGUUCAUGCCCAUUAUCACUUUAGACCAGUAACGGCGUUCCUCUCCGUCAACUACUUCGAUCGGUUUCUUUCAUCUCAUUCUCUUCCGGCAAGUGGGUGGCCAUUUCAGCUACUGUCAGUGGCGUGUGUGUCUUUAGCAGCGAAAAUGGAGGAAUUGUACGUUCCAUUGCUCAUUGACCUCCAGGUGUCGGAACCCAGAUUCGUAUUCGAACCCCAAACGGUUCAGCGAAUGGAGCUCCGAGUCAUGGCGGGUCUCGGUUGGAGGUUACGCUCAGUCACUCCCUUUGACUACCUCGAUUACUUCAUCUCUUGCUCCGGGUCGGAACCCGAGGUGUUUGCCCGUUUACUAUCAGCUUCUACGGAUCUCAUUCUCAAGACCAUCCGUGUGAUCGAUUUUUUGGGUUUCCGGCCGUCCACGAUUGCAGCCGCCGCCGUGAUUUGCGCCACAGGCAAAAGUUUGGAUUUUUCGGAGCCCUUCUAUGAGAGACUAAACAAAGAAAUGGUGAGAAGCUGUCACCAACUAAUGGAGGAGUAUCUGAUCGACACGUGUCCGUCCGCGACGCUUAUUAAGGAUCGCAUAGUUGAGUCGUACGCGCCGCCUAGCCCCGCCGGAGUUUUGGAUGCGGCGGCUUGUGGCAGCUGUGCCUCGGUCUCUGUUUCAGGCUCAGGAUUGGGCUCGGGGUCUGGCUCGGCUUCUGGGUCUAGAGAGGAUGAGCCGCCAAAUAAGAGGUUACGAUCUUCUGCAACGCAUGUACAGCAAGACCAAUAGUAGAUAAGACCAACUCUACUUUUUUUGCUAGUUUUAUAUCAACGGGGAAGCAGAGUGGUUUAAUUUUGUUGUCAUUUUAUUUGUCAGUCGAUAUUUAUAUGAUGAACGGUCAUGAUUAGAUAAGAUUAUGAUUCUAUGAGGAUUUAUUUUUUGGUUAUUAUAUAAAAAAUUUAAGUCAUUAUUGGUAAUAA